AUGGAGCUCCUCGAGGAGAUGAUGGCGUGGGACAUGCUCCCGGACCUGCAGACCUUCUCUGGCCUUAUGGAGCACUUUGUUGGUUGUGAGGAACGGACCGAAAGAGUCCUCUUCGAUGUGGCCGACUUCGGGACUGCAUAUAACACGAUCCUCGGGCGACCAACAAUGGCCCAGUUCAUGGCUGUUGUUCACUACGCGUACCGGGCAAUCAAGAUCCCUGGGCCAAUAGGGUCCAUCACCGUUGUUGGCAACGCCAAGACAGCCCGACACUGCGACAAGAGGAGCCUCGAUAUGGUCGAGCUAACUCUCAAGUCACAGCCCGAGACCGCUGAACCCAGCGAACGGCCAGUAAAAGUCCAGAUCAUCGCUAGCACAGAUGAUCGACGCAAAGCAGUAAGCCUGGACGACACCAACCCGACUAAGACAGUCCAGAUUGGUGCCUCGCUAGACCCCAAAUAG